AACCUGACGGUGGUCGUGAUGCCCGAGGUACCAGUGUUGACUGGUCUGCAAGGGAGGUACCGGGUGGGUGACACUCUAAACAUCACCUGUACAGCCAGAGACGCCAGGCCCCCCGCCAUCCUCUCCUUCUACGUCAAUGGCAAACUUAUCCACCCAGGGUCAGGAAGGGUACAGGAACUGGCCACGACAGAGGGCACAUACUACGGCGUGUACAAUACCCGUUCACGUCUCAUCCUACCCCUGUCAGAGCGUCACGUGCCCACCAUUACCCUCGAGUGCCAAGGUUGGGUCCUCACACUUGAGACCCAGAUUGCUGCCACCAUGGAGGUUAAUACCGCUAGGGCAUUCACCUCCUACUUCAACACAGGUGCUGGUACCGUCGUGCCCUGUCUGGCUUCUGUCCUGCUGAUCGUCGCCAUCACACACCUCCUCACUACCUCCAGCUGAUCGCCACACCUGCACUGUUCACCUGAGGACCUCUAGCCUCUACCGCCGCUGGUGUGAGGACUCCAAGCUUCUACAAGAGGUCUGGGAGCCUCUCAUCUCUACCGCUGGUGUGAGGACUCCAAGCUUCUACAGGAGGUCUGGGAGCCUCUCAUCUCUACCGCUGGUGUGUGGGCUCCAAUCUUCUACAGGAGGUCUGAGAAUCUUUAGUCUCUACCAUCAGUGAUGACGAUCCUCACGGUGCUGAUAUAAACGUGAAGAGUGUAACAUUUUUACCUAACCUCUGAGGAGCCUUCACUAGUGACGCCCUACCAGCACCAGCUUGGCCCGCCCCUCCUCCUGAACACCUCCCGCACUAGGGGCUGGAGGGACCCUCAUCGCUUUGGCAACUAGUGGAGGAUUUUAAUGUCGCUAGCAUGACAAGGGCCCUCUCAACCCCUCUCCGUCGCACCCCAGAGGGACCCCACACACAGCACAACAUACAGUAGUUUAGUUUUAUGUUCUUACACCACCGACCUACUACACCAAAGAUACUAACCAGAGGGAAGGAGGAGGGGGUGAUGUCGAUCUUGCGCAACACUUUCACCCUGAGAACCCCCGCCCCCCCUCCAUCCCCUCACCUCCUUCCAUAUUUGAAAUCGUUUUACCUCAUCCUGAUCUCCGCCUCCCACCAUCUCAAAGACCUAGGAAAAGGAGAGAGAGAGAGAGAGAGAGAGAGAGAGAGAGAGAGAGAGAGAGAGAGAGAGAGAGAGAGAGAGAGAGAGAGAGAGAGAGAGAGAGAGAGAGAGAUCAAGGAAAGACGAGAACCAAGUUUGGCAGAAAAUUAUGCAUAAUACACGACCUUGUGAGACGCGGAUCACAGUGACCAAGUUGGAGAAAAGUCCGGGAGAAAUUUAUUGGCUUAACAAGAAGAGGAUCAACUAUUGAAGAUUUCGGGAGACUCCAAGUUUGGGAAAGUAUUUAGUAAAAGUUGUGAGCCUCCAGAGUUAGUGAGAGAGAGAGAGAGAGAGAGAGAGGGAGAGAAUCAAUGAAGAGGAGAGACAGAAUGGCAGAAGAGAGAUUGAGAGAGAGAAUGAAUGAAAAAAUGAAAAUGAAUGAAA